UUCUCCGUUCGGCGCGUUGAAAUCCGAAUCAAACAAUUGACAUUAAUCUGAAUUUUGCCUCAAUUAAACACCUCAUUGUGUUCAUUAGACAUUUAUUGUGGGCAGUUCGAGAUGUCAAGCGUCCGAAGAAGCACACAUUUUUGGAGCGAGGAGGAGACAGAUUUUCUUUUACAAACAUUAAAAGAGAUGAAUAUAGAUCGUUAUAAAGACGGGCGUAAGAACCGCAACAGUCUCAUUUUUAGGAAGGUUUGUGCUAAACACAAACAGGCUGGAUUUGUGCGCUCAUGUGAUCAGGUGAAACACCGCUGGAAAACACUCAAAUCCAUUUACUAUAAGGCAAAAAAACUAAAUCAAACCAGCUCGAAUGCAGCUUUUAAGCAUUUUGAUACAAUGGAAGACAUUUUCGGACAUAGACCUUUGGUGAUGUCAAACCAAGCCGAAGUUGACAUCGACUUCAAAGUCGGAUCCCCUCUAUCGGAAAGCAAAUGUUUCCUUUUUGAGGAUGAAUGUGAUGAUGGGUUUGUCUGUUGAAGACAAUGAAGUGGAUGACGUGGAAGGUGGAUUUCAAGAAAUCCAGUCCGUGAAAAUAGAGGAUGAUCCCCUCAUCCUCACACAGCAAUCAAAUGAGAGCUCCACCUCUACAGAAAGCUCCACAUCCACCCAACUAUCCAUCUCUAAAGAGAACAGCACCUGUACACAGCCAUCCACCUCCAGGCAACCUCCUGUUCAAGGUAUGUUGAAAAGCAGAAGGCCUUGUUGCACUGCAUUGCAUGUGCAGUAUCAAGAUUUUCUGGAAAGAAUACAGCACUCACAAAACAUGUGGCUGGAGCGUCAGCUGGAACAGAGUCAUGUCCGAGAGGAACGGCUAAUUUCCAGAGUGCUUGCCGAACACACCCACUCUAUGGAGGCCUUAGUUAACCAGUUGUUUGCAGGGUUAAGAAGCCUCCUGCCCCAGCCCCCUCCCAAUAUACAGUCCAGUCCCCAGUCCAUGCACACCCCCCCAGAAAUUCUCAAUACAUACCCUCAUAUGAACCCAGAUGAGCACUUGCCUCCUGCAAAUAACCCAAAAUCAAGCAUUCCUCCUUGACCUGAAGAUCAUUUAAAUGACCAAAUAUCAGGGACUGUCAACCAGUGAUCAAAGACUCUUUCAGAACUUGUAAAAUAUUUUUUAAAUCCAUGCAUUCUUAGGUUGUUUUUUUGAGCCUCUAUUGUUAGACUGGUUUGUAAAACUGAAUAUCUUACCUUGAAAAUGUUGUCAUCCAACAUUGAAUUGAAUGGUCAAAAUUGACAUUUUUAGAAAAGAGAAGUUUAGGCAUUCUGCUAUUAAAUAAAUCCUUGUGUGUUCCGCAGAAGAUAGAAAGACUUAUGGGAUUAGACUAGGAUGAAGAAAUGAUUACAGAAUUGUUCUUUUGGGGUGAAUUGUUCCUUUAACAUUUAUUCACAGAUAAAGACACCCAGUGAUGGUAAUUGUUGAGUUGUUCAAACAGUGAUUUUAUUUAGCCUACCUUAUAGGGGUGUAAAUACUGACUUCCAUUCGAUUAAGAUUAUUUACCUAACAAUUAAAAUGCAUCGUGAAAUCAGACAUUUGUUUGCAAUUCGAUUUAAUAAUUUUUUAACUAUUCAUAUGUAGUUUCUAAAAUAUGCUGGAAAAAGUUUUUAUUGAAUGUUCUUA